CUGUCCUGCAUGCGGACAUGGUUCACUGGAUGAUCCAGGUCUUACUACGUCUAGCUCCUAAUCCUCCAGAGAGUCCACAGGAAGUGAUCGAUGCCUGUAUGGCCAGCGCAUGGAGUCUUACUAAGAUACAGGAGAAGGCUGUAGGACUAUUUGAUCGAAUUACAGCAUUCUCAAACUACAUUUCAAGCUGUUGUUCAAGCAUAGUAUCGGCCGAGAUGCAGCAGAAGAUUGAUGACGGGGAUCCGAAUGCGGACCAGGAAUACCGUGACCUGAAGAAGAUUAAAUCUGAAUGUGGAGAAUGGAUCCACAUGGCUACCAUCUUGAUGGAUGAACUUCGUAGCGUUGAGAUGGCUCGGCUUGGGGGUGAGGACCUACCGACACCACUCCAUGUCCCUGAUGGAAUGCAGGGCUCUGAUCCUAGAGAGGAUAGCCAGACGGCACCCUUUACUCCAGGCAUGCCAGAUAGAGGAGAGCUUGUUGGAACAGAAACCCCCACGACAAUGGUAGACAGGCCGCCUGGCACCGCUGACACCCAACGUCUGGAUACACCUAUAUCAGGUGCCCCGUCCACGGUCCCCGUAGCCGCCCCACUGGCUGCCCCUGCCCCUAGACCAGCUACAGGAAACCAGCUCAUGACUCCAUCAACUGCCAACAGCCAGCGUUCUGUCUUGCCCGGCUCCACCCCAGGGGCAGAUGACCUUGUUAAUAUGAAUGAGAUGCAAGUAUUGGGAUUUGAUCAGAAUGUCUGGACUCAGAGUCUAGAGGAGAAUAAAGACCAACCCUCUCAGUCGGCCCCUAAAGAAGCAAUCCCUGCCAAGCUGUUGGAUUCUGCCUCUAAGACGCCGGAUACAUCUAAAGCUUAUGAGGCGCUGACAGCCGUCAAGAGCCUUCAGCAACAGCUACUUUCAACUGAAGAAAGAGCGCAGACAGCAGAAGAGCGAGUCCAAGAACUUGAAGAACAGCUUAAGACAAUCCAGGAACAUGCGCGUGCCAUGGAGCGAAAGAGCGCCACUCCGGCCGUUCCAAUUGCGACUCCCGGCCCUGUGGUAGGGGCAUCGACCGAGCCCCCUAAGACUGCCCCAGAAGCACCCAUCACCGAGGAAGCAACCACCACUGCCCCGGGUUCCACUAUGAUGUCCCCAUCGGAAACUCCGCUGACUACCUUCACCAAGGAUACCAUGGGGGCACAGUCAACACCCUCUAUGAGGCCUGGGGUAGCGGGCGUCGGCCCCCUCCCAACCCCAACAAUCACCCCAUCACCCCCAGCAACUCCUGGAAGGAAGACGUCAAGCUCAAACGCCUCUUUGUCUCGCCCGACGUCCAGAACAUCAGUUGGUUCAAGAGGUUCUGCAAAGUCCAGAAAAAAGUGAACAAAUACAUCAUCUGAUAAUCGAGAUAAAUCUUGAAAGUGAACAAAGAUUGUGUGAUUGUCUUUGAGUAGAGAUCUUCUGAUCCAUGAAGCUGGGUUGCAUAUUUACAUCUGGUACUCAUAGAAUCCCAAUCCCAGUUACUGUGUAAAAUCAAUUUUUAUUUUCACUUAAUCUGAUAAAUAGGAUUUUUCCCUCAAGAAUUGGGAAUGGCUCUUUGAUCUUGGACUAUUUCACCAUUCAACUUUCACACUGCAGCAUAGAUUGUUACUACUGUGUGUUGGUCUUUAUUAUUUCCCAGAAAUUUUUACAUGGAAAUUCUCCAGAAAUCUAAUCAUGUAGAUUUAUCAUACUCCAUACAUAUCCAUUUGAUGUAUGUAUAGCUAAAUUCUGAGGAAAAAAUAUAUAGAAAUACAGAAGAAAAACAGAUGUAAAAAGUUUCCAUUUUCUAUCCUUCAGAGUUGAAUAUUGUGUGAAUGAUACUGCAAAAUUUUGACUGAAAUAAUUUGUAACAUGUGAUAUGCUGUGCCUAUAUUACACUUGGCAUGCAAAUGUUUUAAAUAUAUUGUAUUACCUUUGUUAGUACAGCCACUGUAUGUUAUUGAAUACUUGUCAUUUAAAUGCCGCUAUCAUAAUUAAACAAAAACUAGAUAGAUGGCACUGUAAAUGCCUGUUGUUAUUAUUAGUGCUGUGUCAUAUUAUUAAUACUUUCAGGCAGUUAACCAUGUUUGGCUCUUUAGAAUAUCAUGUUUUAUAUUCAUAUGCAUAAAACAUUCCACUCUGUCAUAUGGCUAAAUCUAUUGAUCUGUAUUAUAAAAUGACAGAGCUACCGGGUAGGUAUCAUAUUACCAAUAUUUAAAUGAAGUUUUUUGGUGAUCAGCAGAUCCUACUACUUUGGGUUUAUAAAUGUCUGAAUCUAUAAGCAUAAUUAACAUAAUUCUUGUGAAAAUUUAAACUAGUGUAAGGGUUACACUAUCUAGCCUUGGGUAGACUUUCUUGCACAGAGAAUUUAUUGCAAAAGAUGUUAAAAGGUGAUUACCUCCUCCCCCCCCCUUCAACCUUUGUUUUCAAUUCAAAUCAUAUUCUUUAAGAAUCAAAUUUCAAGUACACUGUAGUUUAUGAGACAUGAGCGAGACUAUAGGCGCCGCUUUUCCGACGGCGGCAGCAUCAACAUCAAGUCUUAACCUAAGGUUAAGUUUUUGAAAUGACAUCAUAACUUAGAAAGUAUAUGGAUCUAGUUCAUGAAACUUGGACAUAAGUUCAAUCAAGUAUUACUAAACAUUCUGCCGGAGUUUCAGGUCACAUGACCAAGGUCAAAGGUCAUUUAGGAUCAAUGAACUUAGACCAUGUUGGGAGAAUUAUUUUCAAAAUCUUAACCGAAGAUUAAGUUUUUGAAAUGACAUCAUAACUUAGAAAGUAUAUGGACCUAGUUCAUGAAACUUGGGCAUAAGGUUAAUCAAGUAUUAGUGAAUAACCUGCUCGAGUUUCAGGUCACAAAACCAAGGUCAAAGGUCAGUUAAGGUCAAUAAACUUAGGCCAUGUUGGGGUAAUUCAAAUUGUUGAAUUGCCAUCAUAACUUUGAAAGUUUAUGGAUAGAGUGAAUGAAAUGUGGACAUGGAUGUACAUGUAGUUGACAAGUCUUAAGUCACCGUUCAAAUGUCAUCUAUGGUCAAUGAACGUGGUAUUAUGUCAUUAUAUGAAUGGUGUUUUUUUGAAUGAUUAUUUUAUAGCAGUUUUCAAAGUUAAAAAUCGCGUAAUGCAGGCGAGACUGCCAGAGGCGUUCCACUUGUUAUAUUAUGAAAAUGGUUGAAGGUUCUCCUAUGCAAUGGUAUUCUCUAUGCAAAAGUGUUUAUUGUGCCUAAUGUGUAUAGAGACGCAUGAUGUCAUGAAACAUGUACAUAUGUAGUACAUAGUUGACCAAUUAUUCAAAUAUUAGAGAUACCAUUUCAAUAAAUUUAGUCUGGUGGCAUAUGUAAUGUAUGUUUUAGAAUGUCACUAAUCGAGUAACAUUCUGUGAUAAUUUAUUCAUGUAUAAAUACUAUACUAGGUACACUAUUGAACAAUAUAUACAUGUAUAUAUUUUUCUCUUAAUUCAUAUUGCAAUAGGAGAUUAAGUUCUUAAUUAUAUGCCUUAAUUGCUGAUGUACACAGAUAACACUUUGUAAAAUAAUUUUGUGCCUAUUACAUUCAUGUAUUUUUAUGAUUAUUUAUAUUUCAAUCUCUUUCUUCCUGUAAUAUAUACCAAUUGUUCUUCCUCUCUAUUUGUAUAAAUACAAAAUGUGUCUGUCUUCUGAUUGCAGCUGUAAAUUCACUAAGCCUUGAGCAUUAAUCUGACUUGUACGAUAUAAACAGUAUAAACUGCAUAUUAUAAACAUGAUCAACGGCCAAUACUGAACAUAGAACGUAGUUUUAAAUUUGCAGAAAGGGCAGAAAGCAAAUGAAAAUGGAGUGAUGAUUUGUGGCCCUUUUAAUAUUCCAUUUAUUUAUUUACUAUAUUUGGAAUCCUUGAACAUUUGAAUAUUUUCUGCAACAUACAGGAUAGUAUAUUGUAAAUAUAUCUACCUCUAUCUUGUAAUCUGUUUGUAUUACUAAUUGUUUUUUCUUACAUUCUGGAAGCAUUUUGCUGUACUAGUAACAUUCAGUAGGAGCUGGAGUAUUUGAAUGCUUCUAAUCGUGUAAUGUAGUGUGUAGACAUUGUGGAACAUCAGAGACAGUGAAAAUAUGUCCAUGUCAUGGAUAUCCAGAUUUUGAAAAUUGCAAAAGAAUAUUCUUAUGCCUCAAUGCUCAUUUUGGAAUUUUGAUAAGAACUGACAGAAAGAAGAGAACAUAACAUAUAUCUUACUCCUAUGAAAAUUAUAUUAAUUGAGAGUAUAAAAGAGUAAAAUAUUUGAGAUGAUUUUGAUGCAGUAAUACAGAACAAAUUUAUAGAUUGUGUCAUAGUGACACUUUCAGACUAAACGAAGUAUUUACUGGCCUGGUGCAUACUUACAAACUGGUAUAUUGGCACUGUUUUGUACAGGUUUCGUGAUAAUGAGCUACUUUCGAUCCUUUAUAUUAGUUGUAUAACUUUUGUAACAUCUUUACCAGUUACCUUGUGAAUAUUUCAUGUAUAUAUGUGUAUAGAUUACUGAUUGCCAUGUCCGUCCUAGCAUUAUUUCUAUUUUCCAUAUUUACCCGUCUUACAGUGAUCAACUAUAUGUAUAUUAUGUAUUUAUUUGCUUCUAUUCUUGAAGAAUAAAAAGAAGUGUCUUACUUGUGA